GUUAACCAUGUUAGUUGUAAAGCGGUUGUAAAGAAACUACGAAAUGAUAUCAUCUCGCGAAAUUUGUCUUCUUAAUGCCUUGUUCAAAUUUAUCAAAGGGACUAAUUGUUUUAAUUUUCUCAAACGAAGGCUCCCGAAAGAUACUAUAAGACUUCUGAACCGUCUUCUAAAUCUGAGAUGUAAAAUUGUAAUUCAGCGUGAACGAUUAAGGUUUUAUCGCAACUGCAUAGAAAAUAAACAUUAUCCUAUAUCAUUUUACAAAUCACUACGUCGGAAUAAGUCAAAAUCUUCACUCUCCAACCUUCAGCAUCUUGCUGAAUUAGAAAUUGAUGAAAUUAAUGACAAACUUUCGAAAUUUAUUGAAACACACCAAAGACUAAAUCCCGUUUUGGAUAAUUUAUCUUUAGUAUGUCGAAUUAAAUUCACAGUAUUUUGCAAUGAUAUGGUAAAAAAGACCAUAAGUUCUACCGAAGAAAAAUUAACAAAAUCUUUGAAAGACUCAAAUCAUACUUUGGAAUUUCCUCAAGAUAUCCACAAACAUAUAAUUAAUUUAUCUACAUGCACUCUAUCCCAACUACAGUUGGAAGCAUUAUCUUAUGGAAUGAAGUACAAAACUAUUCCCAUGAAAAUUAACAAAAUGGAAGUCCAGUCACAGUAUGAAAACCUGUAUGACCAAAUCUCUGAUUUAACUCCCUCUAAUAAAGAUAAUCUGGACUGGUUUAAAGUUAAACUGGUGGACAUUUCUCAUCAAUUUCUAAAUGCUAGAAUACACCAGAAAAAUGGUUUAUCAAAAGAACACCACGCCGCACUUAAGGAAUUAAUCCAAAAAGAUAAUCUUGUGAUCCUUAAACCUGAUAAGGGAGAAGGCGUUGUCAUUAUGAACAAAUCGGAUUAUCAAAAUAAAAUGAACGAUAUCCUCAAAGAUCAGUCCAAAUUUCUGCUGGACAAUGCUACUGAUAACGUGCUGCUUGUGGAAAAGCAGAUCAAUCGACAGCUUCAGAUUUUACUGAUGCAUGGUUUUAUAAAUGAAAAACUUUAUAAACAACUUAAACCAAUUGGGUCACAUACUCCUCAGCUUUAUGGUCUUCCGAAGAUCCACAAAACUGGGAACCCACUGAGACCCAUCUUAGACAUGUCAAAUUCUCCUUAUCAUAAAAUCGCCAAAUGGAUUACAGAGGUCCUUACGCCUGUAAGAGACUCAUUAUCAAAUCAUUCUGUAAAAAGUUCAUUUGAUCUUACAGAAAUGCUGGACACCUUGAACAUUAAGGAAAAGGUUAUGUGUUCAAUUGACAUAGAAUCUUUAUUCACCAAUGUUCCCCUUCAUGAAACUGUUGAUUUUAUUUGCGAUUACAUCACAAGCAAUGGCAUAAACUUACCCAUUCCCGUCACUUACAUCAAAGACAUAAUCUUAAUGUGUACAGAAAAUAUUAGAUUCACAUUCCAAGAAAAGGCAUAUAAACAAAUCGAUGGUGUUGCGAUGGGGAGCCCUCUGGGGCCCCUGUUAGCAGAUAUAUUUAUGUCGAAAUUAGAGAAACAAAUGCAAGGUAUGCUUGGAGGAUUUAUGCUGUAUAAACGUUAUGUAGAUGAUACUCUUAUUAUUGGUAAUAAUAGUGAAUCUAUUGAAAACUUCAUUACUCUAUUUAAUCAUAUUCAUCCAAAUAUUCGAGUGACUUCCGAACUAGAAUCGAAUAACAAACUUGGUUUCCUGGAUAUUACUAUGACUAGGAGAAAUGAUGGAACGAUUCAGCGCUCUAUUUUUCGUAAACAAACAUGGACUGGACAAUAUCUUCAUUUUACCAGUUUUGUUCCUAUCCAGUAUAAACGUUCCCUAGUGAAAUGUUUGUUCUCAAGGGCCCGAAAAAUAUGCACGAGUGACACACUGAUGGAUGAGCUUCGACAUGUACAUUCAGUUUUAUUAGCUAAUGGUUAUCCGGAGAGCUUUAUCACUUGUCACAGCAAAGAAAAACCACAUCUCGAAAAGACAGCUUCUGUACCAAAGAAAGCCAUCUUUAUUAAUCUACCAUUCAAGGGCGACCAGAUUAUGCAGUUGACAACUCAAAGACUUCGAUCAGCCAUCAAACGCACAUUCUACGCCGCAUCUCUUUUUCUCACUUGCCGAACAUUUUCGAUCCCUGUUCCUACGAUUAAAGGACGAAAUUCUGUGGACUCUACUUCAAACUGUAUCUACAAGUUCACCUGCAGCUGCGGUGACACCUAUAUAGGUAGAACUAACAGAAUGUUCCAAUGUCGUCGAAAAGAACAUAUUCCAAAAUGGCUAGUAAACCAUAUCGAAAAUCCCAACGCGAUUAAUCUUAAUAGAAAUCCAGCAUCAUCCAUUGCAAAACACUUAUUAAUGUCUGGUCACAAAAUAAAUAUUAAUGACUGUUUCACAAUUAUUUCACAUAACUCUAAUUCAAGGUUAUUGAAGGUGAUGGAAGCACUUUGGAUUAAUCACAUACAGCCUAAACUGUGUGUACAAAAAUCAAUAGACUUCAAUCUUCGCCUACCCUGGACUGCAUGACCUAUCUUAAUAUGAUUGGUCAUUAGUAUGUACUUUUGUUUUUAUUUAACUGAGUAAUUUUCAUGAACUUUAUUUUAUCAUUGUUAACCAUGUUAGUUGUAAAGCGGUUGUAAAGAAACUACGAAAUGAUAUCAUCUCGCGAAAUUUGUCUUCUUAAUGCCUUGUUCAAAUUUAUCAAAGGGACUAAUUGUUUUAAUUUUCUCAAACGAAGGCUCCCUAAAGAUACUAUAAGACUUCUGAACCGUCUUCUAAAUCUGAGAUGUAAAAUUGUAAUUCAGCGUGAACGAUUAAGGUUUUAUCGCAACUGCAUAGAAAAUAAACAUUAUCCUAUAUCAUUUUACAAAUCCCUACGUCGGAAUAAGUCAAAAUCUUCACUCUCCAACCUUCAGCAUCUUGCUGAAUUAGAAAUCGAUGAAAUUAAUGACAAACUUUCGAAAUUUAUUGAAACACACCAAAGACUAAAUCCCGUUUUGGAUAAUUUAUCUUUAGUAUGUCGAAUUAAAUUCACAGUAUUUUGCAAUGAUAUGGUAAAAAAGACGAUAAGUUCUACCGAAGAAAAAUUAACAAAAUCUUUGAAAGACUCAAAUCAUACUUUGGAAUUUCCUCAAGAUAUCCACAAACAUAUAAUUAAUUUAUCCACAUGCACUCUAUCCCAACUACAGUUGGAAGCAUUAUCUUAUGGAAUGAAGUACAAAACUAUUCCCAUGAAAAUUAACAAAAUGGAAGUCCAGUCACAGUAUGAAAACCUGUAUGACCAAAUCUCUGAUUUAACUCCCUCUAAUAAAGAUAAUCUGGACUGGUUUAAAGUUAAACUGGUGGACAUUUCUCAUCAAUUUCUAAAUGCUAGAAUACACCAGAAAAAUGGUUUAUCAAAAGAACACCACGCCGCACUUAAGGAAUUAAUCCAAAAAGAUAAUCUUGUGAUCCUUAAACCUGAUAAGGGAGAAGGCGUUGUCAUUAUGAACAAAUCGGAUUAUCAAAAUAAAAUGAACGAUAUCCUCAAAGAUCAGUCCAAAUUUCUGCUGGACAAUGCUACUGAUAACGUGCUGCUUGUGGAAAAGCAGAUCAAUCGACAGCUUCAGAUUUUACUGAUGCAUGGUUUUAUAAAUGAAAAACUUUAUAAACAACUUAAACCAAUUGGGUCACAUACUCCUCAGCUUUAUGGUCUUCCGAAGAUCCACAAAACUGGGAACCCACUGAGACCCAUCUUAGACAUGUCAAAUUCUCCUUAUCAUAAAAUCGCCAAAUGGAUUACAGAGGUCCUUACGCCUGUAAGAGACUCAUUAUCAAAUCAUUCUGUAAAAAGUUCAUUUGAUCUUACAGAAAUGCUGGACACCUUGAACAUUAAGGAAAAGGUUAUGUGUUCAAUUGACAUAGAAUCUUUAUUCACCAAUGUUCCCCUUCAUGAAACUGUUGAUUUUAUUUGCGAUUACAUCACAAGCAAUGGCAUAAACUUACCCAUUCCCGUCACUUACAUCAAAGACAUAAUCUUAAUGUGUACAGAAAAUAUUAGAUUCACAUUCCAAGAAAAGGCAUAUAAACAAAUCGAUGGUGUUGCGAUGGGGAGCCCUCUGGGGCCCCUGUUAGCAGAUAUAUUUAUGUCGAAAUUAGAGAAACAAAUGCAAGGUAUGCUUGGAGGAUUUAUGCUGUAUAAACGUUAUGUUGAUGAUACUCUUAUUAUUGGUAAUAAUAGUGAAUCUAUUGAAAACUUCAUUACUCUAUUUAAUCAUAUUCAUCCAAAUAUUCGAGUGACUUCCGAACUAGAAUCGAAUAACAAACUUGGUUUCCUGGAUAUUACUAUGACUAGGAGAAAUGAUGGAACGAUUCAGCGCUCUAUUUUUCGUAAACAAACAUGGACUGGACAAUAUCUUCAUUUUACCAGUUUUGUUCCUAUCCAGUAUAAACGUUCCCUAGUGAAAUGUUUGUUCUCAAGGGCCCGAAAAAUAUGCACGAGUGACACACUGAUGGAUGAGCUUCGACAUGUACAUUCAGUUUUAUUAGCUAAUGGUUAUCCGGAGAGCUUUAUCACUUGUCACAGCAAAGAAAAACCACAUCUCGAAAAGACAGCUUCUGUACCAAAGAAAGCCAUCUUUAUUAAUCUACCAUUCAAGGGCGACCAGAUUAUGCAGUUGACAACUCAAAGACUUCGAUCAGCCAUCAAACGCACAUUCUACGCCGCAUCUCUUUUUCUCACUUGCCGAACAUUUUCGAUCCCUGUUCCUACGAUUAAAGGACGAAAUUCUGUGGACUCUACUUCAAACUGUAUCUACAAGUUCACCUGCAGCUGCGGUGACACCUAUAUAGGUAGAACUAACAGAAUGUUCCAAUGUCGUCGAAAAGAACAUAUUCCAAAAUGGCUAGUAAACCAUAUCGAAAAUCCCAACGCGAUUAAUCUUAAUAGAAAUCCAGCAUCAUCCAUUGCAAAACACUUAUUAAUGUCUGGUCACAAAAUAAAUAUUAAUGACUGUUUCACAAUUAUUUCACAUAACUCUAAUUCAAGGUUAUUGAAGGUGAUGGAAGCACUUUGGAUUAAUCACAUACAGCCUAAACUGUGUGUACAAAAAUCAAUAGACUUCAAUCUUCGCCUACCCUGGACUGCAUGACCUAUCUUAAUAUGAUUGGUCAUUAGUAUGUACUUUUGUUUUUAUUUAACUGAGUAAAUUUCAUGAACUUUAUUUUAUCAUUGUUAACCAUGUUAGUUGUAAAGCGGUUGUAAAGAAACUACGAAAUGAUAUCAUCUCGCG